AUGGCAGCAGUACCCUUCAGAAUGCCCGGCCGUGGCACUGAUAAGGCGCCCAAGUUCGAUGGCAAAGAUGAAAGCCUAUUGAUUUUCAUAGAUGAUUACGAAGAUUUAGCUGAUCAGGCAGGUUUGGCGGGUGCAGACCACAUCAAAGGCCUCAUAAAAUAUAGCUGCGCACCGAUGAUGAGCAUAGAAGCGGAAGGAGAGUAUUACCGCGAGUUCACCAAGGUUGCGCAGCCGCUCGUAGCGAAAGAUCGUGUUGGUAAGGCAGAGAUGAAUCGGCUCUUCUUAGAAGGAUUCCCCACAGAUGUACAACAACAGAUCCGCACCUGCAUGAUGAUCAAGUUUCCAGACCACCACCCAGACGAUCCUUACCCUAUCAAGGACAUGCGCUUGGCAGCGCACUUCUUGCUCCCAGGUAUCAUGUCAGUGGCCGCACUACCAGCAGGCAUGCAAACUACGUCGCCCUCACCUCAGACUGGAAAUGUGCAGGCGCUGGCCUACCAAAAACCUGCGGCUGGAGCGGUCGUCAAGCAAGAAUACCAGGCCACCCGUAGUGGCGGCUAUGCAGCUCAAGGGUACGUGGGGAAGUGUAAGGUGGACAAGGCACUCCUGAGUUCGAGCGUAAUGGCAGGUAUCUUUGUGUGUCCUGACCCAGAAGUCGACGCCAUAAUGGAAGUCAAUUUGUCCGCAUUUGUGCACACUAUCACGGACACAGAUUCAGAGGUGGACGAAGACGAUCUCGAAGUGUUGCGUGCCACGCAGGCGCUAGCACUAGCGACCGCUAAACGCGAUCAGAAGAAGGGGAAUGGAUCGACUCGCGUCUGGACAAGCCACUGA